UGGCAGGCUCUGUGCAGAGAUGGGGCCAGCUCUGGGGCUGCAGUUCCUCUUCUGAGAACCACCAGGACUCAGGCUCCUCCCUGGCACCUCUCCUUCACCCACAGGAAGCCCACACACCCUCCAUCUCAAAUAUGCUGCUGCUGCCGCUGGUGCUGCCCUUGCUGUGGGCAGGUGAGUGGGCCCAGGGGAAGAGGCUGAGCAGGCAGAAGCCACUGCCUCCAUUGCCUCCACUGGCUCCAUUCCCUCCAGGGUUCUCUAAUUCCGAUUCGAGGUACUGGCUGCAAGUUCAGGAGUCCCUGACGGUGCAGGAGGGCCUAUGUAUUUCUGUGCCCUGCAAUUUCUUCUACCCCAAGAAUGGCUGGGCUGACUCUGACCCUGUUCAUGGCUACUGGUUCCGGGAAGGGGCCUCUACGUCCCAGGAUGCUCCAGUGGCCACAAACAACCCACAUCGUAAAGUACAGGAGGGGACCCAGGACCGAUUCUGCCUCCUUGGAAACCCCCUGGAAUAUGACUGCUCCCUGGAGAUCAAAGAUGCACAGAGAAGGGACUCGGGGACAUACUUCUUCAGGGUGGAGAGAGGGUCUUAUGUGAGAUAUAAUUACCUACAGAACCAGCUCUCCGUGCAUGUGACGGCUCUGACAAAGACACCUGACAUCCACAUCCAAGAGCCCCUAGAAUCUGGCCACCCCAAGAACAUUACCUGUAGUGUGCCGUGGGUCUGUAAGAGGGGAACACGCCCCACAUUCUCCUGGAUCGGGGUCGCCCUCCCCUCCUGGGGCUCCAAGAGUCGCUACGCCUCUGUGAUCACCCUCACACCAGGGCCCCAGGACCACGGCACCAGCCUUACCUGUCGAGUGACCUUCCCUGGAGCUGGUGUGAGCACAGAGAGGACCAUCCAGCUAAACGUGUCUUAUGCCCCACACAACCUGACCAUCCUCAUCUUCAGGGGAAACAGCACAGCAGCCCCACCUCGGGCCUCCACCUUCUCUUACCUGGACAUGACCCUCCCAUGGUUCCCUGUGGCCCUCAGAGGAAAGCCUGGGAGCAACACCUGUGCGCGAGUCUCCAGGUCAGACCUACGUGUGUCCAUGCCCCUCGUCAGAAUCAUACAUCAAAGGGACCGCCUCCUGGGAUGUUCUCUGCCAUGUCCAGACAUGCCAGCUCUCGCUCAGGGAGCCAUUCACCUGUCCUGGCCUCAUUGGGUACCAUUCCUUCUCCCCACCCCACCAGAUGGCUCGUCACUCUUACUUGCCUUUGCUGUACCAGAGGCCCUGGGCAAUGCCACCUCUCUGCGAGUUCAGAAGGGCCAGUCUCUGCGCCUGGUCUGUGAUACUGACCACAAGUUCCCUGUGAUGCUGAGCUGGUCCCGAGGAAGCCUGACCCUAAGCCCCUCCAAGCCCUCGGAUCCCAGGGUCCUGGAGCUGCCCCGGCUGGUCCUGGGCGAUGAAGGAGAAUUCACCUGCCGAGCUCAGCACUUGCAGAACUCCAACCACGUCUCCCUGAACCUAGUUAUGCAGGGUACCUCCAGUUCCUGCCCCCAGAACUCAGGGGAGCAGGGGGGCACCUGGCCUCUGGUCCUCACCCUGAUCAGAGGGGCCCUCAUGGGGGCUGGCUUCCUUUCCACCUAUGGCCUCACCUGGAUCUACUAUACCAGGUUCAGAGGCUCCAAAGGGGGUAAGUCUGCAAGUUGUAACUGAGGAUCUGUCAAACCACAGUAUCCUAGACUCACCCCUGCACUACUCUGUGGAACAAGGAAAUACUAGAGGACUCGACCCCACCUCCUCUCCAGAAAUAAUACCUCUUCACUUCUGAUCCUUAAGAUUCUUCCUGAUGGUUCCACAUCCAUGGUGGGGAGGGUGAAUGAGGACAUAGACAGAUUUUUUCGUUAUUAUUAAUUGAAUUAUGUAUACUCCAUGUAAUAUUUUGCUUCUGUGUGCUUAUUGUAAUUCGAUUUGGAUAAGCCCAAAAUUCAACCCCAUAAUAUAUUGUUAUAAAUCUCAUAA